UUUUUUGGAAUUCUGUUAAGUCGACGAGGUAUUCAACUGUUAGCAGUAUUCGUCCUUAAAAAGCAGAGGGUUUUGGUUUUGUUGAGAUCCGGCGAGGCUGGUUCUAGAGAGGGAGGGAGGGAGAGGAGGACGAAGAGGGCAAAGUCACUCGACAACAACCAUGGAGGAACCGCCGGUGCGGAGACCGAAACGGCCCGUGUAAAACGCCUCAUGCGCUAGGAGCAACUGUUCAAUACUAAACCAAGUUAGUUGGAAACAGUUUGGAUGUGGAUUUUUAACAGAGCUUUUAUCAGAGCAUCGUGACUGGACCACUUUAGCUCUGUGCUACUGACACUUCUUUCCUCCGUUCAAACAUUACGUGGUGAAAAAGGCUUCAUAAAGGAGUCAUUUGAAUCCAAGGUCAUGACGGUUCUAGCUGUCCUGGUUAACAAAUAGCUGAAGUAUAUGGCCCCAGCUCGUACUGAAAUUUGUUCACUGGUGAGCUGCGAUCGUGACACUGUAAUAUCAGAUAACGAUAUGAACAGUAGCUGUGUGAGGAGCUCGCAGAGGCUCCUGAGCCUGAGUGUAGUUGUUAUUUCUCUCCUGGCGAGACAGUGCAGGGAGGCCUCCAGGAGGUUAAUGCACUUUUCUAAAUCGCUUUGGAUCAAGCGUCUUCUAAAUGACCUGGCGAUGUCUUGUUGUGCUCCCUCAGUUCACGUGUUUCUGAACUGUUCUGUGCGGCCGCUGCAAGAACUCAUCUCAACUUAAACCCUCUUGUGAACUGCCAUGUCUCCAAGUCUACAUGACCUUCAUAGACGAACUGUGCUCUGCAUUUUCAGCGUUCUAAUGGCUCACAGACUCCUCAUGCGCAGACUCUGGAGGCUCUCCGCCAGCGAUAUCUGUUGCCUUCAGACGUGUUCGGCCUCGGCACAUUUUUCCACGUCGCUGCAGUGCGCUCGGGUCUCAUUCCUCUCGCCCUCACGCUCGCUGCCUCGCACCCUGCUACACGCAUCACGCAGGGACAUCUCCUUUAACGUUCAGGACCAGGAGGAUUUCACUGAGAGGGUGAUCAACAGUGACUUGCCUGUACUAGUCGACUUUCAUGCGCAAUGGUGUGGCCCCUGUAAGAUCCUUGGACCACGGUUGGAGAAGGCCAUCGCCAAACAGAAGGGGCGUGUUGCCAUGGCGAAGGUGGACAUUGACGACCACACAGACCUAGCGAUCGAAUAUGGGGUUUCUGCCGUCCCGACAGUCAUCGCCAUGCGAGGCGGAGACGUUGUCGACCAGUUUGUAGGGAUCAAAGAUGAUGAUGAGCUGGACUCAUUUGUGAGCAAAAUCAUCGGACAGUAAACCAAAGGCUGCGUCUCCCGGCCGGUCAGAACAUCUGUUUAGCAUCAGCCAGCUAUUAAAGAAUCUUGCCUGAAACCUGGGCCUGUGGAAACCGCUCACCUGUCACUGUUUAUCUCUCUGCUCCUCACGGUUCUUCCGUCUAGUUCUGGGCUCGUCCUGUGACUUCUUCAGGACUUGUUUCUUCAGACAUACAACGCCGAUGGUACCUCUGAAGAUGUUAAAGCUGUGUAAUAUGAGGGAGUGACUUGUAGAGCUUUAGUGGCGAUUCAACGAGGAAACUGUAGUUCUACCUUUUGUCCACUUGGUGGUGAUGUUUCUGCAAACAUCGGAAGAAGCGAUUUUACACCGGAAUGCCUAUUACUCUGUGGAAGUAGGUGUGUCUCUGAACGACUUUGAAUCCUGACUGUGAAACUUUAAUUUCUCUCCGCUCCGGAAUCGUGAUGUUGUCAAGUAAUAAAGGAGUCAAAGUGAGUGUUUCAACGUCCAAUGAGUAUUGGAUCAGAUGUGUGGUUUUAAGGAAGAAAUCCUGACUUUCUAACUUUUUGUUCGAGGGUCAAAGGUCAACGUCAGGUUUCACUGUGGUCGUUGUUUGCUCCUGAAAAAACUGCUGCACUGAGCACAUCCCUAACUUCAGUGGCACAUUAACUUGGGGGUCUCAGUUUUGCACGGUGUUUUACACUGGCCUCAGUCGCACACGCUGUGCAGCGGCUCUUUAUCAUUAAUCCUGUGUGUGAGAGAGCAGAGGGAUUAAGACGUUUCUGUGUCACUGACUGGACUCGAGUAAAGGAGGUCAAACAAGGCUGAGAUGAGGAGCAGCCACAGGCACCUGCAGUCGUGUCGACGUCUUCCUCCGACUAGCCCAAAACCACCGGCCCAUCAUGUGAUUACUGCACCACAUCCACUGCUCUCAGUCUCCCUCACUGCUUAUUAGACGUCCAUCAUUUCACAUGGCCCGGCUGCUGUUUCCCGGCUGCUCUGGUGAGCCAUGGAAGCAGGAAGCACAGGGGGAAUUCCAGGAGUGUUGCAUCAUCAGGUGAGAGGGGACUGGCCGAAUGGUUAACACAUCAGUCUAUGGUCGCGCCAUUGUUGUCAGAAGAAAGACAGUCCUGUGAUGUUUGGGAAUGUUGACCCCCGUGGUGACCCACCUGAGACGGCUGCUCUGUCACACACAUCUCAUCAUGCUUGGAUGAGAAGGAGCUGCUCCACAGAGCUGCAGCUCUCCAUCUCUUUACAGCCGUGGAACACCUCCGCUCUGGCUUGGGAACACCAUGAACCCC